AUGCCAAGCAAUUCAGAGGAGGAAAGCCGCGCGAAUGACCAAGAAGCCCGCUCCAUGCAUGAAGGCGUGAGGAUUUCGUUCGUCAGUGCUGACUUCACGCGAGAGGACGAGAUCUCUAACUUGUGUGCUGACAUCAUCAAACUCUACCCGGAAGGAAUAGAUAUUCUAGUCAACAAUGCAGGUUUCAACUCCGUCCAUGCAGUGGAGAGCUAUCCAGUUGCGACCUGGCACAAAAUGAUGGCUGUCCACCUUACCGCUCCUUUCUUGCUCUCCAAGUUCUUUGUUCCAUACAUGAAAAAGAAAGUGUUUAAAGAUCAGAUAGAAGCGAUUGCCAGAGAAAACAACGUCCCUUUCGAGCAGGCACGGGUACGUGAUGAUUGA